CGGUGGCGCUGCUCCCGCGUCACAGCGCCGGGCGCGGAGGGGAGAUGCGGCUCCUGGCGCUGGCGGUGGCCGUGCUGCUGGCGCGGGCUCCGGCCCCGGAGGUCUGUGGAGCCCUCAAUGUCACCGUGUCCCCGGGGCCUGUGGUUGACUACCUGGAGGGGGAAAAUGCCACUCUUCUCUGCCAUGUCUCCCAGAAGAGACGAAAGGACAGCUUGCUGGCUGUGCGCUGGUUCUUCGCGCGACCAGACUCCCAGGAAGCCCUGAUGGUUAAGAUGACCAAGCUCCGGGUGGUGCAGUACUACGGGAAUUUCAGCCGCAGUGCCUACCGGCAGAGGCUGCGCCUCCUUGAGGAGCGGCGUGGGACGCUCUACACGCUCUCUGUCUUGACCCUCCAGCCAGCAGAUCAAGGGCAUUAUGUCUGCAAAGUCCAAGAAAUCAGCAAGCACAGGAAUAAGUGGACAGCUUGGUCCAAUGGUUCCUCAGGGACAGAAAUGAGAGUGAUUUCCCUCAAAUCUUCUGAAGAUUCAUCCUUUGAGAAAAAGAAAGAGACCUGGGCAUUUUUUGAAGAUCUCUACGUGUAUGCUGUGCUAGUGUGCUGUGUGGGGAUUCUCAGCGUUCUGCUGUUCACCCUAACCAUCAUCUGGCAGUCUGUCUUUAGCAAGAGGAAAUCCAGAGUGAGACACUAUUUGGUGAAAUGCCCUCAGAACAGCUCAGGGGAGACUGUCACCAGCGUGACCAGUUUGGCCCCUCUACAGCCCAAGAAGGGCAAGAGGCGGAAGGAGAAAGUUGAUGUUCCUCCCGCAGUUCCUGCCAAAGCUCCCAUUGCCACCACGUUCCAUAAACCGAAGCUGUUAAAGCCACAAAGGAAAGUCACCCUGCCAAAGAUUGCCGAGGAGAACUUGACCUACGCUGAGCUGGAGCUGAUCAAGCCCCACCAGGCAGCCAAGGGCAUCCCCACCAGCACGGUCUAUGCGCAGAUCCUCUUCGAGGAGAACAAGCUGUAACCCUGCGUCCUAUUUAAUAUCUGCCACCAGUUAUUUAUGAAACUUUGGAUACAAAGUCCUUAUUUUUGUAUUUUCACUCGUGCCUUCUGUGUGGUGGGAGCCCCUUUCUGACGGCCUUUCAGGUGCCUUCAGAGAGGUAUGACGCUCCUUUCUGCAAAGAGCAGGGGCCGCAGCCCUUUGGAUAAAUCUCCCAGGACAAGAUUUUCUGGGUCUGAGCCCUGAAGGGUGAGGACUCUGAUUCUGAGACCAUUCAAGAGGAUUUUCUGCUGAGCCAAACCCCUGUAUGUUUUUUUUUUCUCUUAUCUUUUUUUUUUAAUCUGAAUUUUAAUCUUCUACCCUUCCUGUAUCUGUGAUAUCAAGCUCAUAGUAUAUAGCUAGAGGAAAUACCAUUAUGGGCCCAAGUGUGAGAUGGUAGAGAUGUACUAAUUGGUUUUCAAAGGAUCAGAUAACAUUGCCAGGGCACCCAGAGCAGCAUAAAGUGCUUAUUGUAAGCAGUCAUUCAAGAUAGCAUCUCUUGUUUUAAAUAGAUGCACUGACCCUGGUGACUCAAGGGCAGAGAGACAGAUUGUGGGGCGGUCUGAGGUCUAAGCCGACAAUGAACUGUCUGGAUACCCCUGUGCCCAUUUCCCCACCCGUUAUUGUUCACAGCCACAGGACAAGUAGAAAGUUGUUCAUUCUGAAGUGCUUCCACCUCUUUGGCAGGGGGGGCUUAUCCCUGUAUAGAGACUAUUCUCCAAGAAGUUCUUACUUACCCUUUUCCAAAAGGAGCAGGGUGGUGUGCUUUUGAUUGACAGAAUAGAGGAAGGGGGCCUCUUGGAAGUGUGCCAAGGUUACUAACUCUAAUUGAACAUCCAUUUGUGUAAGAGCAAAGUCUUUUGACUGCUUCCCCAAUGGUAGGAGAGUAGGAAGUAUAAGCCAAGCUGGAAAAACGUGUCCUGGAUACCCCCCUCACCCUCCCCCCGCACCAGCCCAAUACAAAGUGCCUUGCUGACUCAACUUUGCAUGUUAAUUCGAAUGGACUUGAGUGGGAGGGAGGCAGGGAUGCCUGGCAAAUAGAUCUAUGAGAAAGUUGCUCUGUGGACCUAUAUGACAUCCAUGACCUCAUCAUUCUGGAACAGGCCAAGCUAUCAGCUAUGUUGUUAAGGACACCUGAUGUGUGAGUGUGCUAUGGGUGGGUUUUUACUGCACACUACAGAAAUUGUUUGGCUUUGUAAUGGACCAUGUAUAUAUGUUAAAUUAUAUAUUUUAAACACAAUCUGAAUGUGAGUUGUGCCCCUCUGUACAGCCAUGUGAACUUGGUUGAGGUUCUUAUCCCCUACUGGUCUCAGACUCUUAUUUAUACAAAGGUGAGUUAACCUCUCAUAGAAUUCUUAUAAUGGGAUAAUGACUUGGAAGAUUCUGGACGCUAGAAAUUGCUACACAAGUACACUAUGUUAACAUGCAUGCUAAAACUAGUCCAUAUUUUUAAAAUGAAAUGCCUUUACUAUUUAAAGCUCUCAUUGUGUUAACUUUAAAAAGUAAAUAUUUGUCCAUGAACUUAGCUCUGUGGUAACUUUCCCAAAGACCCGUCAUAGCUGAUGAGUGCCUCUCAUGGUUUACUGGAAAGGGUCCAAGUCAGGAGCAGGUAAUGAUUUUCCAGAAGCGAAAAUAUCCUGACUUUACAAAAAGGAAGUCAUUCUCCGCUGCCUGUGCUUGCGUCUCAUGCUCUCCUUCUCGCCAAGUUUCCAAGGUAGUGAGUAAGCUUUGCGAUUUCUGAAGAACUCACUAGAACCUUCCAGACAGGAGGACAUCUUUUAGAACAGGAGAAUAUAUGGUUAGUACAUCUUUCAUAUCAUCAUUAUCCUGGGCAUCCUAUCAUCUUUUAUCAUGGCACUCUUCGGUAGGGCAUAGUUACAUGGUGUUGUGGGGAAGGAAAGUAAUUUCCUGAUUUGCACAAGGAGCUAUUAAUAUACAGAUGGGUGGGGCCCUGGGAGUACCAGGUGGGAGUGGAGAGUGGGGCGUCUGAAGAGGUGAUGGAGAGAAGGCGAUGGAGAAGGAGGACUCUGGGCCUCUGCAGAACUGAAUCGAACCUCAGUCACCUGCAGACCCACCGUGUUAAAUUCAGUGGGGGCUCUGUGUCAUCACAUAUGGAAAUGAAUACAUUCCACUGAGAAGAGCACAGGUUUUGAAGAGUCUCUGUAGGUUAAAAUCCAACAAGUCAUUGUUAUAGAUUCAAUUCAGACUCUUGCUCCAAAACUCUGGUCAUAUUUGCAUAAAUCCAUGCCGAGGUGUGUGAGGAGGGGAUCCACUGACAUGGGGUAUAAGAAGAGGCUUCAAGACCAAUACCUCCUACUGAACAUGCUUCCUAAGGGAAUCAUGGAAGCUCUUGGCAACAUCUGAGCACCGCUUGCUCCACUAUUAUCUAGGAGCAAGUUGUCUAAACUCUGCUCAGAACUGGGAGCAAUGGAUGAUUUGUACCUAGUGCUUCUUUGGGAUGAUAAACCUUGAUGUUAUUUUCAGAAUAAACUUAAAAGUAAGUCUC